GUGAGGACGACUACUCUGAAGACUCUGCUUCACAAUGGCAACGGGAGUAGCAGCAUGGCUUCCAUUUGCCAGGGCAGCAGCCAUUGGCUGGAUGCCUGUUGCCAACUGCCCCAUGCCUGUUGCCCCCAUGGACAACAGCAAGAGACAGGACGAGCUGAUCAUCCUCAAUGUUAGCGGCCGCCGUUUUCAGACCUGGAGAACCACCCUGGACCGCUACCCAGACACCCUGCUGGGCAGCACGGAAAAAGACUUCUUUUACAACGAAGAAAUCAAGGAGUACUUCUUUGACCGGGACCCUGAUGCCUUCAGAAGCAUCCUCAACUUCUACCGGACGGGGAAGCUCCACUACCCCCGUCAUGAGUGCAUCUCAGCCUACGAUGAGGAGCUCACCUUCUUUGGCAUCAUCCCUGAGAUCAUCGGCGAUUGCUGCUACGAAGAGUACAAGGACAGGAAGAGAGAGAAUAUAGAGCGGCUGCAGGAUGAUCAAGAGGAGAACAAGGACCUGAAGCUGCCCAACAUGAACUUCAGGGAGACCAUGUGGCGAGCCUUUGAGAAUCCUCACACCUCCACCAUGGCUCUGGUCUUCUACUAUGUCACUGGGUUUUUCAUCGCCAUCUCAGUCAUCACUAAUGUGGUGGAGACGGUGCCCUGUGGAUCCACUGCCAACCAGAAAGAUAUGCCAUGUGGUGAACGCUACACUGUGGCGUUUUUUUGCAUGGACACCGCCUGCGUUAUGAUAUUCACAGUGGAGUACCUGAUGCGCUUGUUUGCCGCUCCUAGCCGUUACCACUUCAUGCGCUCUGUGAUGAGCAUCAUCGACGUGGUGGCCAUCUUGCCGUACUACAUCGGCCUUGUGAUGACCAACAACGAGGAUGUGAGCGGCGCCUUCGUGACGCUGCGCGUGUUUCGGGUGUUUCGUAUCUUCAAGUUCUCCCGUCACUCGCAGGGCCUUCGGAUCCUGGGCUAUACACUGAAGAGCUGCGCUUCAGAGCUGGGCUUCCUCCUCUUCUCCCUCACCAUGGCCAUCAUCAUCUUCGCCACGGUCAUGUUCUAUGCUGAGAAGGGCUCCAGCUCCACCAAGUUCACCAGCAUCCCUGCUUCUUUCUGGUACACCAUUGUCACCAUGACAACGCUGGGGUACGGGGACAUGGUGCCAAAGACGAUCGCUGGAAAGAUCUUUGGCUCCAUCUGCUCCCUGAGUGGUGUGCUGGUGAUCGCUCUGCCUGUCCCCGUCAUUGUCUCCAACUUCAGCCGCAUCUACCACCAGAACCAGAGGGCGGACAAACGCCGCGCUCAGAAGAAAGCCAGACUGGCCAGGAUAAGAAUAGCCAAGUCCAGCAGCACCAACGCCUUCCUCCAGAGCAAACGCAACGGGCUGAUCAACGAGCUGCUGGAGCUGACGGGUACAGAGGAAGAUGAGCAGAAGCUGACCAAGUCCAUGUCUCUGUUAGAGAGCCAACACCACCACCUACUGCACUGUCUGGAGAAAACCACUGCUCAUGCGUUUGUGGACGAGCUGAUAUACGAACAGAACUGUUUGGAAACGACGCUGCAGACCUUCCCCUCACGCAGCCCCUCCACAUCCAGCCACGACAGCUCAGCCGGUACCUGCUGCGGCUGCAGGGCGAAGAGAAACACUCCUCUGCCCAACGCCAGCACACCCUCUUCCCAUCCCGUCCCGACACGCCAGGGCCCCCUGCAGGAGCUCAGCGCCAUCCACAUACAGUGCAGUGACGCACCAUCCCACCCUGCCAGUCGUUCAACCCUCAACCUGAAACCCGGCGACAGAGGCAGGAUCAACUGCAAAAGCGGUCGAAUCACCACGGCGAUCAUUAGCCUCCCGACGCCGCCUGCUCUGAGCCCUGACGGCGACGGACUCCGCGGGCCUUCGCAGAGGAGGCCCCCCCCACCCCCGGGUCACCCUGCGGCCCCGAGCAUCCAGACCACAACGAGCUCAGCUGGCAGCAACAUUGUCAAAGUCUCUGCUCUGUGACCGUGCACAGCAGGAGGAGGACAGUAACGAAGACGAGGAGGAAGAAGCAGGUUUUACUACAACAAUGGACGCAUCAUGUCCCGUUUCACAGGGUCACUGGGAAGGUGACUGUCCUCCUGUGUGGAGACAUUACUGUGGCAGAGGAUUGUAAAUACGAGCACAGAGAAUCACGCACUCAUCCUGUAUGUACUGUAGAUACGGACAGAACCGCAGCAUUUCUAAUAGUUUCUAACAGCAGGACAGAUGUUUCACUGCAGGUACU